CGCACGCGCGGCUGGAGCGGCGGAAGCCCACGGAGAUACAGAAGACAGAUGAAAAAUCACCCUGUCUUGAGAGUGAGGCCUGUAUUUGUGUAGUUCUCGCUUAAUUCUGGAUUUUGCCAUCCAAGGAUUAUCUUCCUCGGUCGUGGCAAUUUAUUAUCUGUUUCUGUUCAAUGGGGCAACGAAUUCACUUUGUGGUUGACCCUCAGGGUUGGUGCUGCAUGGGCCUAAUUAUCUUCAUCUGGCUGUACAAUACAAUCUUCAUUCCAAAGGUCAUCCUUUUUCCUCAUUAUGAAGAGGGAAAUAUUUCAGUUGUGUCAGUUUUUUGUUAUUACUUCUGCUCAUUGUUUUGUGUAGCUUCAUUAUUUAGAGCCUCAGUAGCAGAUCCAGGAAAACUACCUGAAAAUCCAAAGAUACCAAUUACAGAACGAGAACACUGGGAGUUAUGUAACAAAUGCAAUAUGAUGAGACCAAAGCGUUCACACCAUUGCAGUCGCUGUGGACAUUGUGUGAGGAGGAUGGAUCACCACUGUCCAUGGAUUAAUAAUUGUGUUGGUGAAGACAAUCACUGGCUGUUUUUACAGCUGUGUUUCUACACCCAGAUCCUUAGUUCCUAUACGCUGAUACUUGACUUCUGCCAUUACUACUACUUUUUGCCUCUGAAAAAAGACAACUGGGAUGUGUUUGUAUUUAGACACGAACUUGCUCUCCUAAGAAUAUCUGCCUUCAUGGGUCUAAUAAUAUUUGGCGGAAUAAGUCGACUCUUUUACACUCAGCUAAUGGGUAUUUUCACUGACACUACAAGUAUAGAAAAAAUGUCUAACUGUUGUGAAGACAUAUCGAGGCCCCGAAAGCCAUGGCAGCAGACCUUCUCAGAAGUUUUUGGCACUCACUGGAAGAUCCUGUGGUUUAUUCCUUUCAGGCAGCGGCAACCACUGCGAGUUCCCUACCACUUUGCCAAUCAUGUCUAAACAGAUGGAUGGUGGGCACAGAUGGUUCCUCCAUGCUGGA